AUGGUGUGGGAGAUGUCCUGUUACGUCAUUGUCAUGUUAAAUCGGUUCGUUGAAAAAAAUCAGGUCAAAUGUUACCAGUACUUUCCCAUGAAUUCUCCUGGCUCGGAAAGCGCUGACAGCAAAUUGUUCGGAGACUUCAAAGUUACCCUUCUAGAUGAAACGGACGCCGGACAUUAUCGUGUGCGAAAACUUAGAAUCGAUAACCUUGAGUCUGACGAAAAUCGUGAAGUAAUUCAUCUCCAGUACAGAUCCUGGCCGGACUUCGGAGUUCCUGAAACGACGGACGAGUUUCUGGGAUUUUUAAUGAAGGUAAAACUUGAAAGAUUAUUCUACGCGUGUAAGUAAAA